AUGACUGAGGAAGUUCCGGCCGCGCCUGUCGCCGCGCUCCAGCCCGCCAAGCUGCCGGCGAAGAAGGCGAAGAAAGCGGUGGUGGCGGCCAAGUCACGCAAGCCGGCCGGCCCCAGCGUGACGGAGCUGCUGACCCAGGCGGUGACGGCCUGCAAGGAGCGCAGCGGCGUCUCCCUGGCCGCGCUGAAGAAGUCGCUGGCGGCCUCCGGCUAUGACGUGGAGAGGAACAACAGCCGCAUCAAGCUGGGCCUCAAGAGCCUGGUGACCAAAGGCACGCUGCUGCAGACCAAAGGCACGGGAGCCUCGGGCUCCUUCAAGCUCAACAAGAAGCAGGCCGAGGCCAAGGACAAGGCGGCGGCGGCCAAGAAGAAGCAGCCUCCAGCCGCGGCAUCCAAGAGCAACAAGAAGCUCCCCGUCAAGAAGCCGGCUAGCGCCGCUAAGAAAGUCAAGAAGGCGGUGGGUGCGGCCGCGGGGGCCAAGAAGAGCGCCAAGAAAGUGGCCAAGAAGCCCGCGGCGACGGGGAGCAAGAAGGCGGCGGCCAAGAGCCCCAAGAAGGUGGCCAAGCCCAAGAAAGCGGCCAGGAGCCCCGCGAAAGCCAGGAGCGCCAAGCCUAAAGCCAAGCCCAAGACGCCCAAAGCGAAGGUGGGCAAGCCCAAGAAGGCGGCGCCUAAGAAGAAGUAA